AGACAGCUGAGGGCGGUGCAGAGGGUGGACGGCGAGCCCCCAGCGCACCUGGGCGCGCUGCUGGCCAGAUACAUCCAACAUGCCCGGAAAGCUCCCUCUGGCCGCAUAUCCAUGAUCAAGAACCUGCAGAGCCGGGACCCCAGCCACCGGAUCAGCGACCGGGACUACAUGGGCUGGAUGGACUUCGGCCGGCGCAGCGCCGAGGUGGAGGAGUACGAGUACCCCUCCUAGGGCUCCAGCCCUCGCCAGGGCCACGGGGAGCUCCCUCCUGGCCCCCAGGAGGCAGAAUAACAAAACACUCACACUCACAGCUCAUUGUCUCUGAAGUCUGGUGUUUUAAAUGCCUAUUUAUUAAGUUCUCAAUGUGAAAACCCUGUAAAGAUUGUCUGGCGCAGCCAACGCACCUCAGCAGAAUUGUACAAACGGGAAGGCAAAUGUCUCCCUCCCCAUGACCCCUGGUCCCCCAGUGUCGCUAUGCUAUUAAAGUGAUUUCAUUCUGUG